GCUCUGUGCUGUUCUUCUGCAUUCAAUUGUUUUCUUGAUCUUAUGCUCUUUUUAAUUGAAAAGAAACACCCUCUGGAUGAUUAAUAUCCCUUGAUGAUGAUGUAGUAUUUGUGUAUUCAUGCUGCAUCUCUCUCUGCGUCAAAAAUAUUUUUAACUUUUUCUGUUCUUUCUGCCUGGUUUCUUCUUUUCCAUUCUAUUGACAGUGUUCACAGUAUCCAAUCCAACUCAAAAGCACAAACUAUUACAGGAAGAUCCUCAAACAUGAUCUGUUUUGAACCAUCUCUUAUUCUAUACUUAAUCCACAUGAGGUUUAUAUAUUCACAGAUGGAUCUGAAUAUUUUUCAUUUACAAAGGAUUGAAAACCAAAAAAAGCCUGAAUAUGCUAAAUUUCAGGUCAAUUUUGGGUUUGGAUAUGCAGGACUUGUUUGGUUCAGGUUAUAUUUACCACGGGGGAACUGAUUUUCUUGGUUGAAAACUUUUGCUGCUGUAUUUAUGUUGAUUCAUGUCCAUGAACUGCAUAAAUGCAAAGAUCAUCUAGUUUCCAUGGAUUGUAGUUCGAACAGGCUCAAUCUGUUUACUGCUCAAACACUUUAGAAUGCAAAGCGGCUCUUCAUUAUACAAUUCAACUUCAAUAUGAAACCUACCAUUGAUCUUGAAGUGGAGGCCUUCUCUGAAAAUGAUUCCGAGGUCAACAGCCAAGUAGCUUCCAACUUAUCCAUCCAUGAAAAUUCUGCGGGUCCCUCCAAUGACAGCCUCACUAACUGUUCCAAUCUCACAAAUGCCAUAGCUGCUACUUCCGUUUCAGAACCAGUUUCCCUAGAUUUAACCCUUUGUUUCAAUGAUGAUGAAUUAGAGAAAAGAGGGUCAAUGGGACUCUCUUUGUCAAGCACUGGCGAGAGUAGCAAUGAACCUGUAACUCGUACAGCUGCAGCAGCCAUGCCACGAGUUUUUUCGUGCAAUUAUUGUCGGCGGAAAUUCUUCAGCUCACAGGCACUUGGUGGUCACCAGAAUGCACAUAAGAGGGAGAGAACAAUAGCAAAGCGGGCAAUGAGGAUGGGCAUUUUUUCUGAAAGGCAUGUCAGCCUGGCAUCUCUGCCUUUACAUGGAUCUUCAUUUAGGUCCCUGGGAAUCAAAGCACACUCUUCAGUACAUCAGGAUAUUUCACCACCAGUAAGGCCACAAGAUAACAGAAAUAGUGCAAGAUUUGAUCAGGGGUACUUUGGGUUGCCAAUAUUCGUGGACGAUGAUGAGGCAGAGCUGUUAUGGCCAGGUAGUUUCCGCCAGGUAGCUGAGGCAGAUGAUACACAUCAAAGUUUUGUAGUCACAGGAAAUUCAAAUGUGAAUUUUUUAGGGGAAACUCCAUCAGCAGACUCAGGCAAUUCCAUGCCAGACCUCACAUUGAAACUUUGAGUCCUUCAGGAGGAGUCAGGACUGGCUUCAGUCUGUCAGCUUUAAUAUUCUCUCCUUGUAUAGCAAUAUGUACUUGAGCCAUGGCUUAGCAUUUAUUCUUACGCGUACUUUCUUAUCUGAUUUUCACUUUGGUUUUGUAUGUUAGUGUAUAAGAGCUUCACAAGGAUUAUUUGGGAGCUUCAAUGCUUGUUCUGAUUUAUAUGAUGCUUUCGAUUUGCUGUAA